GUACCCUCAAGCCGGAAGUUGUUGGUAUCCAUCAAAUAUUUCAUACGUAGCUAACUAACGGAAUUGAUGAUUUAUCGCCCAUCUAAUUGGGGUGUAUUUAUAACUAAUGCCUUCCCCAAAAAGUCAUAAAUGAAGAAAUUGGUGCCUCACAAGACCUAAUACUAGUAACGACAUUAUUCCCGCCGGCGGGUUGCCAUGGCUACUAGGAUGAAGUUAAAACUGAAGACUGUGUUUGUCCUCUACUUCAUGGUCUCACUUAUGGGCCUCAUCUACGCUCUCAUGCAGCUUGGCCAGCGCUGUGACUGUGCAGAGCAUGACAUGCCCAAGGACCGUACUAUCUCUCGUCUGCGGGGGGAACUGCAUCGGCUGCAGGAGCAGAUGAGGAAGGCUGAGCCCACCAAACUCCCUCAAAAACUAGCAGUGAAACCGGCCCAACCCACCAUCUACGUCAUCACACCAACCUACACCAGGUUUGUCCAGAAAGCAGAGUUAACCCGGCUUGCCCAGACGUUCCUCCAUGUCCCUCAGCUCCACUGGAUCCUGGUGGAAGACUCUCCCCAUAAAACCCCUCUGGUCUCUGGGUUCCUGGCCUCCAGCGGCCUGGCCUACACACACCUCCACACCCCCACACCACGCGACCGCAAACUACAGGAGGGUGACCCUAGCUGGUUGAAACCCCGCGGGGCGGAGCAGAGGAACGAGGGGCUGCGGUGGCUGAGAGAGGACAGGAGGGGGCAGCCUGGAGCAGACACACAGCUGGGGGUGGUCUACUUCGCUGACGAUGACAACACAUACAGCCUACAGCUAUUUGAGGAGAUGCGUGGUACCCAGCGUGUGUCUGUGUGGCCAGUCGGCCUGGUGGGAGGGAUGAGAUAUGAGAGACCUGUGGUCGAGGGGGGGAAGGUUGUACGCUUCCAUACUGGCUGGCGCCCCAGCCGCCCCUUCCCAUUGGACAUGGCUGGCUUCGCCGUGUCGCUCAAGCUGGUGAUAGCCAAUCAGGACGCAUGUUUCGACGGCGACGCACCGAUGGGGUUCUUGGAAAGCAGCUUCCUGCAGGGAUUGGUUACCAUGGACGAACUGGAACCUAAGGCGGAGAAUUGUACAAAGGUGUUGGUGUGGCACACGCGGACAGAGAAGCCCAAGAUGAAACGAGAGGAAGCGCUUCAGAAACAAGGCCUGGGGUCUGAUACUGCUGUAGAGGUGUGAGGACAACACACACACACACAACUACAACCACACACACCUACAACUACACACACCUACAACUACACACACCCACUACAUCUGCUUUAAAAUGUUCCAUGCGUCUGAAAAAGGCUCCCUGUAUAGUGCAAUACUUUUGUCCAGAGCCCUAUGGGUCUCUAGCUGUCAGGGUUCACUUAAUGGGUCUCUAGCUGUCAGGGUUCACUUAAUGGGUCUCUAGCUGUCAGGGUUCACUUAAUGGGUCUCUAGCUGUCAGGGUUCACUUAAUGGGUCUCUAGCUGUCAGGGUUCACUUAAUGGGUCUCUAGCUGUCAGGGUUCACUUAAUGGGUCUCUAGCUGUCAGGGUUCACUUAAUGGGUCUCUAGCUGUCAGGGUUCACUUAAUGGGUCUCUAGCUGUCAGGGUUCACUUAAGGAUUGGCCCCUUUUUUUCAAUUUUCGCCUAAAAUGACAUACCCAAAUCUAACUGCCUGUAGCUCAGGCCCUGAAGCAAGGAUAUGCAUUUUCUUGGUACCAUUUGAAAGGAAACACUUUGAAGUUUGUAGGAAUGUAGGAGAAUAUAACACAUUAGAUCUGGUAAAAGAAAAUACAAAGAAGGGAAAAAAACUUUUUUUUUUUGUACCAUCAUCUUUGAAAUGCAAGAGAGAGGCCCAUAAUAUACUAUUCCAGCACAGGUGCAGUUUAGAUAUUGGCCACUAGAUGGCAGCAGUGUAUGUGCAAAGUUUAAGUCUGAUUGCAUUUCCGUUCAAAAUGUUGUAUCAAGACUGCCCAAAUGUGCCUAAUUUGUUUAUUAAUAACUUUUCAUGUUCAAAACUGUGCACUCUAGUCAAAACAAUAGCAAUGGUAUUAUUUCACUGUAAUAGCUACUGUAAAUUUGACAGUGCAGUUAGAUUAACAAGAAUUUAAGCUUUCUGACAAUAUCAGAUAUGUCUAUGUCCUGGGAAAUGUUCUUGUUACAUUAGACCUCAUGCUAAUCGCAUUAGCCUACGUUAGCUCAACCGUCCCACAGGGGACCGGUCUCUCGAGCUGUAAGGGUCCCCCCCCCCCCACGUUUAGGAUUUUGCCCUAGCAGUACGCAGCUGAUUUUUAAAUAACCAACUCAUCACUAAGCUUUGGUUAUUUGAAUCAGCUGUGUAGAUGUUAAGGCAAAAACCAAAAGGUGCACCCAAGGAAGGGGGUUUGGGAACCCUGUUCCAGCUAGCUGUACUAUGCUGAUGCUGUAUAUGAAACUAACAAGAUAUUCUUAGUGGUACCCUAUCCUGUGGCAUUUAGGAAGCAGACACAAUGUACAUAAUGUAAGAUAUCUGAAGACUGUUUUUAAGACCAGUCAACCUAUUUAAAUUUGUCGUAACUGUGAAUGUGUUUUUUGUUUGUGUAUGUAGUUCCAGUCAAAAGUUUGGACACACCUACUCAUUCAAAGUUUUUAAUAAUAUAUAUAUUUUUUUACAGUUUUCUACAUUGUAGAAUAAUAGUGAAGACAUCAAAACUACGAAAUAACACACAUGGAAUCAUGUAGCAAAAUUAAAAAUAAAUUAAAAAUACUUCUAAAUAUAUUUUAGCCACCCUUUGCCUUGAUGACAGCUUUGCACACUCUUGGCAUUCUCUCAACCAGCUUCAUGAGGUAGUCACCUGGAAUGCAUUUCAAUUAACAGGUGUGUCUUGUUAAAAGUUAACCUGUGGAAUUUCUUUCCUUUAAAGUGUUUGAGCCAAUCAGUUGUGUUGUGACCAGGUAGGGGGUGGUAUACAGCAGAUAGCCCUAUUUGGUAAAAGACCAAGUCCAUAUUAUGGCAAGAACAGCUCAAAUAAGCACAGAGAAAUGACAGUCAAUCAUUCUUUUUUAAGACAUGAAGGUCAGUCACUCUGGAAAAUUUCAAUAACUCAAUAAAGGUUUUUUGAUUCACGCAGCCAGAAUAAAUGCUUCAGAGUUCAAGUAACAGACACAUUAACUGUUCAGAGGAGACUGCGUGAAUCAGGCCUUCAUGGUCAAAUUGCUGCAAAGAAACCUCUACUAAUGGACACUAAUAAGAAGAAGAAACAUGAGCAAUGGACCAGUGGAAAUCUAUCCUUUGGUCUGAGUCCAAAUUUGAGAUUUUUGGUUCCAACCGCCAUGUCUUUGUGAGACGCAGAGUAGUUGAACGGCUCUCUGCAUGUGUGGUUCCCACCAUGAAGCUUGGAGGAGGAUGUGUUGAGGUGUCAGGGACAAUUUUCUGGUGACACGGUCAGUGAUUUAUUUAGAAUUCAAGGCACACUUAACCAGCAUGGCUACCACAGCAUUCUGCAGCGAUAUGCCAUCGCAUCUGGUUUGCGCUUAGUGGGACUAUCGUUUGUUUUUCAACAGGACAAUGACCCAACACACCUUCAGGCUUUGUAAGGGCUAUUUUUACCAAGAAAGAGAGGAAUGGAGUGCUGCAUCAGAUGACCUAACCUUCACAAUCACCCGACCUCAACCCAAUUGAGAUGGUUUGGGAUGAGUUGGACGGACUGCAGAGUGAAGGAAAAGCAGCAUAUGUGGGAACUCCUUCAAGACUGUUGGAAAACUAUUCCAGGUGAAACUGGUUGAGAGAAUUCCAAGAGUGUGCAAAGCUGUCAAAGGACGGUUACUUUGAAGAAUCUCAAAUAUAUAAUAUUUUGAUUUGUUUAACACUUUAUUUGGUUACUACAUGAUUCCAUAUGUAUUAUUUCAUAGUGUUGAUGUCUUCACUAUUAUUCUACAAUGUAGAAAAUAGUAAAAAAUAAAGAACCCUUGAACGAGUAGGUGUGUCCAAGCUUUUGACUGGUACUGUGUGUGUGUGAGAGUGAGUACUAGGGUAGCAGAAUUCUGGGAACUUUCCCCAGGUUUUCUAGAAGUCCCAGUUGGAAGAUAACCGAGCACGAGUCGGGAACAAGCAUGAAAUCUGGAAUCUUCCAACCAGGAUUUUCUGGAAAACCGUAGUUUAGCCACAAUGUGUGUAUUAGUAGAGUACUUGGCAGUAGAUAAUGAUACUAAGUGGUUGAGUGUACUGUGCUGCCUGUUUGAAUCUGUCUGUAAGAACGAUAUUAAGUGCAGCCCAAAUGGCAUCCUAGUCCCUUUUUAUAGGGCACUACUUUUGACUAUGGUCUAUAGGGCUCUCCAAAGUAGUGCACUAUAUACAAUAUAUAGGUUGUCAUUUGGGAAGCAUUCUCAGUAUUAUGUGGCCGUUGUCUUAAUUGUCCCUGCCUUGAAAAUAAAUACAUUAUUUAAUCAGGAAAAUAAACA